CUCAGAAAUACUGCAGUAAGAAUUAUACAGACCUGGUGACUAUUGAGAAUGAAACAGUAAAUCAGCAGGUAUUAGUACUGCCAGGACAAAGUUGUGGUUGGAUUGGUCUCCACCGUGAAAAUGACAAAUGGCUUUGGUCCAAUGGUGACCCUCUCACCUUCACAAACUGGAAGCGAGAGUUUUUCUGUGCUGUGCUCCAGUCAGAUGGCUAUUGGAAUGAUUCAGACUGCAGUCAAAAAAAAACCUUUCAUGUGCUACAAUGAAACUAAUUAUUUUAAUUGUACAUAUGUUUGGAUAAAUGAGAGUAUGAACUGGAGCAAAGCUCAGAACUACUGUCAAGUGAACUACAGAGACCUGGUCAGUAUAAGAAAUGAGACUGAAAAUAUGGAGAUAAUAAAGAAAGCACAAAGCACUCCUUUUUGGAUUGGUCUGUUCAACAAUCCCUGGAAGUGGUCUGAUGGUGGGAAAUCAACAUAUCAAAACUGGGAAAAUUCACAACCAAACAAUUUUGAACUUCAUAAAAAGUGUGUGGAGGUGAAAGAUAAUGGAAAGUGGAGUGUUGAUGAUUGCAAUUCAACAAAGCCUUUCAUUUGCUCCAAGAUUAUCAUGAAUGUAACCUUUAUAAAUACAAGUUCAACUUGGGAAGAUGCUGUGGAUUACUGCAGAGCAAGGAAUUCUGAUCUCAUCAGCAUCUCAUCACAGCUGGAGCAGGAUGCAAUAGCUGCAUUGCUGAACAACACCAGUUCAUCUAGCGUGUGGCUGGGGCUAAGGCAGAGCCGUCUCUUUGGAUUCUGGUUGUGGAUUGAUGAAAAACCUUUGAGUUAUGAGAAGUGGGUCCAUAGACCUCCUUCACAGCUCCCUGCCUCCAGCCCUUGUGCUGUUAUGUCUCAAGAGAAGAAUUUCAGUUGGACUAAUGUUUCUUGUUCCGAAAAAUACAGAUUCAUCUGUAGGUAUCAAUAAAAUUAACCCUAACCCUAAUUUUAGUGUUUAUAAUUAUCUUCUUAUAUACUUCUAUAUACAGUGUUUGAAGUGAGACAGCACCUCUUCCUAUUUCAACAUAGCAUGACAGCACCAUUUCAUAGCAUACCAAUGAGUACUGGAAGCUCUUUGUAAAUUUUCAACGAACCGUUCUUCAAUCGAAUGUUGAUAUAUCCAUGUGUUUAGAGCUUACCUAGGGCACACAUCCCCAACCUGGCCACUUUGAUUGACUGUCAUUGUAUCAUGACAAUCUAAGUUUUCACCAUACCUACGCCUUUUCCACCCCCACCCAAAUCUUUGAUCGAAUCUUGGUAAAUUACCCUGAAAAGAGUACCACCACUUCAAGUACUGUUCA